UGUACGCGGGACUAUACAUUUAACAAAACACGGCACAAAAGUAAGCACUUAGGAUUUGUGCAUUCUGCUUUAAAGCUGUGCGCAUAAUAAUCAUAAUGGAAGCUAACUGCCAUAUUAAUCAUGAUUCAAGUAAUUUAAAUAAUUCUGAUUCCGGAUCUGAAAAUCGUUCAUCGUUCAUUACAAAUACAUCAAUUGCCAAUGAUGUAAAGUUUAGUAAUAUACCAUUAACAGAAGAAAAAAAGCCAAAUUCAAGAAAAAGACAGUAUAGUAAAAUUAAUUUGGAGAAAAAAAGUCUUAUGGAAGAACAACAUAAGAAGGAAAUGGAUGAACAGAAAUAUAAGGCACUCAUGCACUUGUUGAGCAAAAGCCAAUUUUAUUCAUCUUAUAUUCUAACCAAAAUUGAGAAAUCUGUUGAAAAGGAAAAAAACAGUAAGAAGAUGAAUAAAAGUAAUAUUAACAAAGAAAAUAAAGCACCAUCAAAGAAGGAAAAUAAAAGAGCCAAUUUAGAAAAAUAUGACAUAAGAAAAUAUAUACCUGUGGAUGUACAAAUGCAAAUAGAAACUAAAAAGAAGAGGAAAUUGAAUCUAAGUACGGAAGAAAUAGAAGCAGAAUUACAAGAGGAAUUAGAUGUUGAGGAGAAAGAAUCUCUGAAUGCUGUUGUUAUUGUAUCGAAAUAUUUUGUUGGGAAAUUACGUGAUUAUCAGCAAGAUGGCUUACAAUGGCUGAAGGUACUUUAUGAGAAUGGAUUGAAUGGAAUUCUAGCUGAUGAAAUGGGCCUUGGAAAGACGAUACAAGUGAUAGCCUUGUUAUGCCAUCUUAUAGAAAAACAACAGGCUGGACCUUAUUUAAUAAUUGCACCUCUUUCGACUAUACCAAAUUGGAUGUUGGAGUUUGAAAGAUUCGCUCCUGAUAUACCAGUUGUGCUAUUAUAUGGCUCAAAAGAGGAACGAUCUAUUACAUAUCCUAAAAUUAAAAAGAAAUAUAAUAUUACGAGUGAUUAUAAAACGCAGCCUGUUGUAAUCACUACUUUUGAAAUGCCAUUGAAGGAUAUUAAAUUCCUUCAGUCUCAGACAUGGAGAUAUAUUGUGAUAGACGAGGGACAUAGAAUCAAGAAUUAUAAUUGCUUAUUAAUUAAAGCUUUGAAAACGGUAAAAUCUAUGAAUAGACUACUGCUGACUGGAACUCCGCUUCAGAACAAUCUGUCUGAACUGUGGUCUCUUUUAAACUUCCUUUUGCCAGAAAUUUUUGACGAUUUGGCUGUGUUUGAAUCGUGGUUUGAUGUCGAACAGUUGGAACAGCAGGAAAAUACCGAAAAGAUUUUGAGACAGGAAGAAGAGAAGCGUAUAUUAUCGUCGUUACGUGAAAUUUUAAAACCGUUCAUGUUAAGACGCCUAAAAUCCGAAGUUUGUCUGGAAGUUCCCCCUAAGAAGGAAUUGGUCGUUUACGCACCGCUCACGCAGUUGCAACACGAUUUAUACCAGGCAGUUUUAAAUCGUGACAUACAAACAUUACGUAAAAUUAAGGAACCAGAAUUAAUUCUGCCGACAGUAAAUGGCAAAAGGCUUAAAAGACGAUGCGUUCUCACUAGUAAAUACGGAUCUCUCAAGAAGGAUUCUGAAAACGCAGAUGAAAGUGGAUCGUCAGUGGAUGCUAUGUUUACAGAUAUCUCUUAUAACAACAACAAAUGUACGGCAAGAGAUGCUAAGAUUGAGCAAAAUCUGUCAAUAUGGAAACAAUAUACCAAUGUCACAGAACGUAAUCAUGAUUUUUUCAUCAACAUACAAUUCCAAAAUAGAAUGGUUAUGUAUAAAAAAAUCGUAAAUCAUCCGUAUUUGGUUCAUUGUCCGUUGGAUUCAGCUGGUUUACCGAAGAUUGAUGAAGAUUUGGUCAAAUCCUCCGGCAAACUUUUAGUGUUAGAUGCAAUGCUGGGAAAACUUAAAGCACAGAAACACAAAGUUCUCUUAUUCUCGACGAUGGUCAUGAUAUUAAAUGUGAUCGAAGAUUAUCUCUCGUUGCGAGAUUAUAAAUAUGUCAGAUUAGACGGUUCUACUGAUAUCGAACUGAGAAAGGAAUACAUCGAUACUUUUAAUAAUAAUAAAGAUGUGUUUCUGUUCCUUAUAUCGACUAGAGCUGGCGGAGUUGGAUUGAAUCUAGCAGCUGCCGAUACCGUCAUUAUAUACGACAGCGAUUGGAACCCGCAAGUGGACAUACAAGCUAUGGCGCGAUGUCACAGGAUAGGACAAACGCAACCUGUGGUUAUCUAUAAACUGUGCACCAAAGGGACGAUUGAUGAGGCGAUUAUGAAGCGUUCUGAGAGCAAGCGCAUUUUAGAGAAAAUUGUUAUUUCGAAAAAUUGGAAUGAAGAACUAAACAGAAAUAGGCUGUUAGAGCUGAAACAAUUGUUGAAGUCCAAGGAGUAUAAAAUUGUUACAUCUGAGAAGGAAGUUUUCACAGAGGUGGAGCUGAAUCAAUUGUUAGAUAGAAGCGACUUGACCGGCCAUCAAGACACUGCGUGUAAUUUGUCAGAUCCGUAGAAGAUACAAAAAUUUUUUUCAUUCACAUCUGAUGAAAUAAAAGCAGUAUUUAUAAAAUGCAGUUCGCUUAAUGUUACAAAUACUUCUUUAUGCAGUUUAAGUCAUAUUGCUAGAAUAUUCAUGAAGCGUCUGAUCGAUCCUACCUGUAAUUGGGUUUUGUAUUUAACGUUACCAUCUUAAGUUUAUCUUCAGACGUUUUAAUCGUUAUAAGGAUCG